AUGAAGAUCUCGUGCAUCGCCAAGUUCGUCGCCGCCGGCUUUCCCAUAUACGCGCUUGCCGAUGCGGCCGCCUACUCGAACGACUUGCGGUACGAGCGCGCGUACUACGGCAAGUAUCCCGCGCAGCAGUAUAUAUCAGCCGGCGAGCUCAAGGCCCCUCACGUCGACGUCCUCCGUACGCCGCAGGCCACUAUCCUGGACAGCAAGGCCAACCUGAUAUGGACGACGGAGUGGCAGGGCCAGCAGCUGUACAAUCUGAUGGUCCAGAGGUAUAGGGGCGAGGACUACCUCACCUUUUGGUCGGGCAACGACGCGGUUGGAGGCCACGGCGCCGGGCAGAUCCAGAUGCUGGAUAAGCACUACAACCACUUCAAAGAGAUCAAGGCCGCGAACGGGCUCGAUGCGGACCUGCACGACUUCCGCAUCACCGAGGCCGGCACCGCCAUGAUCACCGUCUACGAGGUCGUACAGGCGGAUCUCAACGAGGCCGGCAAGCCGCACUACGGUCCCGUAUGGGAUUGUCUAGUUCAGGAGAUCGAUCUCGAGACGGGCGAGGCCCUGUUCCAGUGGCGCGCGCUGGAUCACCUCACGGUGGGCGACAGCCUGCGGGCGAUCAGCGACGAUGGCGAGGGCGACAGCCUCUACGACUUCUUCCACAUGAACAGCAUCGACAAGGACGCGCGUGGCAACUACCUGGUGUCGAGCCGGUACGCGCACAGCUUGACGUACAUCAACGGCAGCGAUGGCGAGGUGAUCUGGAUCCUAGGCGGCAAGCGCAACACCACUAUCACCAUCUUCGACAACGGCGUCGACGACCCGCAUCCCACACGGGCGGACACGCGGGGGCUCAAGGUCAGGGUUGACGAGCAGGCCAUGACGGCGACUGUAGUGACAGAGUACCACAACCCACAUGGAGUCCACGGCUUAUCACAGGGAUCAUUCCAGACGCUCCCCAAUGGCAACGUGCUGCUCGGGUACGGCAACGCGGCGGCCUACACCGAGUUUGCGCCUGAUGGGACCGCGCUGUGCGACACGCACUUUGCGCCCGAGAACCGCUUCGGCUCGGGCGAGGUGCAGUCCUAUCGCGUCUACAAGUACGAGUGGCACGGGUGGCCGACGACCAAGCCCGACGUAGUGAUUGGGCGGAAAGGCUAUAAGAGCUGGGGCGUGUAUGUGAGCUGGAACGGCGCAACUGAAGUCUCACGAUGGGUUCUCCAGGGUUCCGACGGGCGUCAAGGCGCUGAGGAGAUUUGGAAGGACCUUGCGAGCGAGAGGAAGGUCGACUUCGAGACGGAAUUCGACCUGCGCGUGACGUAUCCGCGAUACCUGAGAGCGGCUGCCGUGGAUGCUACUGGGCGCACGUUGGACGUCUCGGAGCCAGUAGAUGGCCGCGACGUGAAAGGCGAGGUGAGUUAUGGCAAUCACGAGGCUUAUGCGGCGGUCAUGAUGAUGGCUAACCCGUUGUCAGGCGUGGGUAUAUCGAGCGAUGACCUUUUCCGUGUAUGA